UAUAAUUUAUACGUCCCUGGAAUACACACUGCCGACAUCGAUAUCGUUUGUUGUCGUCCAUUUUCGUCAGUUUUCGUUUAUCAUUAUCACGAUAACGAACACACCGCUGUAAUUAUUCUCCAAUUAACAUCACCACCUCUGUCAAAAAAUCAAAGUGAGAGCAAUCUUUAUAAAUAUACCUAUAUAUAGCAAAACAAGGCGAGAGUGUACAAAGAUCAUUUUACUAAUUCACUUGAAUAAUUAACACAAGAAGAAAAUAAAAAAAUGUCUCUUGACGAGCAAUUUAACAAAGCCGCAGAGGAUGUGAAAGACUUGGCUUCUACACCAUCAGACGCUGAUCUUUUGGAAAUUUAUGCCCUAUUUAAACAAGCAACUGUCGGUGAUUGCAAUACAGCAAGACCAGGUAUGCUUGAUUUCAAAGGAAAAGCAAAAUGGGACGCAUGGAAUGGAAAAAAGGGUUUAAGUCAAGAAGACGCUAAGAAGCAAUAUAUAGAAAAAGUUGAAUCACUAAUUCAAUCAAUUGGCAAAAAAUAAAAAAUACAUAAAAAUGAAAUAUGCACUAAGUGUUUUGAAAAUUUUGUGCAAUAUUUUAUCAAACUUAGGAACUUAUUUACAAAUUUUGCACAAUUGUUUAUUACUUUUUUUACAAAAAAUUUUUUUAUGACAUUUAUGUAUAUAUAAAGAGAGAGAGAAAGAGAGGAAAUUAAAUUUAUACAUUUUAAAUAAAUUUUAAAAUGACACUGUAAUGAAAUAAAUGAGUGUUUUAAUGAUAAA